UUGGAGGAUAUAUUCGCCCAACUGUCUCAACCUCACCUCACUUUUCCUCCUGCUUAUAAGGAGCUCCUUUCAUAGUAUCCCUCCCAUACCACUCCCUUAACUUCAAAUAAAAUCUUCUUUUAAGAGUCCCUUCCAUCACCUUGCUUUCACAUUCAGGCACCUGCAUACUUCUUUUACUUUUUCAGCCCUAUAAUUCUCUCACUUAAGAUUUUCACCAAUGGCAUCUAAUUCUCUCACUUCCUCACGUACCUCUGGCUCCUCCUGGACGGCAAAGCAAAACAAACUGUUCGAGAAGGCUCUGGCUAAAUAUGACAAAGACACUCCUGACCGCUGGCAUAACAUUGCCAAGGCUGUGGGUGGAAAGUCAGUUGAGGAAGUCAAGCUGCACUAUGAGAUCCUAGUCAGGGAUCUCAAAGACAUUGAGUCUGGCCGCUACCCUUAUCCAUAUCCAACCAACUAAAGCGCUGUUAGCUGAAGAAUCAAAGACUAUGAAUAUAUAUAUAUAUAUAUAUAUGCAUCUAGAGACCUCAGUUGCUGAGAGACUAGCCUAGUUCCCCACCUAAAGCAAUCCAUACAAAACUAAUUAUCCCAUUGGUGUAAUACUAAAUGCUGUUACUACUAUUUACCUUUUUUUUUCUUGGUUAUUAUCAUCUAUUUGUAUUUUCCUUUGGCCUUUAUCUAACUAAAGUAAAUGAUAUAUUUUGGUAACAGAUUUCAAAUUUCA